UUUACUUAAAUAUAUUAUAUAGGAAGAUUCAUCAUCUAUAGUGUAAAAAUGGCAACUGCGAGUACUGCUCCUACCACUAACACGUACACUCGGUUGGAGGUAGCCAAGCACAAGGACACUAAGGAAACGUGGAUUAUAAUUCAUAAUAAAGUUUACGACGUCACAAAAUUUCUUAAUGAGCACCCUGGAGGAGAAGAAGUCAUUCAGGAACAAUCUGGGAGAGAUGCAACCGAAGCUUUUGAAGAUGUUGGUCAUUCUAGUGAUGCCAGGCAAAUGAUGGAACCAUAUCAAAUAGGAGAACUUGUAAAAGAAGAUAGAACAAAAUCUGAUGACAAGAAAAGCGAGGACUGGUCAAAUAAAUCAAAUGGAAAAGAUAAUUCCAGCUGCUGCAUGGUGAUGUAACAAUUGCCAAUUCCAGUGAUUCUUGGAGAUCAUGGCUGAUUCCUGUCGCACUUGGUGUUCUUGCUACUCUCGUCUACCGUUACUUCAUCAGCUCGCACUGAAUUAAAUUAUUUAUUCAGUAUAACUUGCAUAUAAUAAUCGAUUUUUUAAAGAUUAAUUGUUAUGCAUUUGACGGAUUUUACUAUUGUAUAUUCUAUAUAUACAUAAUUAUUUUUAAUUGGGAUAUACAUAAGUAGUCAGGUGGCCUAGUAUUUACAAAAGAGAAGUUAGAUUUAUUAUUAUAGUUAAUAUAAUUAUUAUUGGUACU